UAAGCCUUUCCGAAUACAUUGAUAUAUACAUGCGACGAUGCUAUACUCAGGACGAUCGUGUAUUGGUCACUGUUGUGAAACAAAUUCGUUUUCGAAUCCUUCGGAUGAACAUCGGAAUCGGAUUUCAAAGGAUAGCGAUCGAGACAUCAUCGGUAAGGAGAAAACGAAGGACUUAAGAUGCUGAAGAAAACAGUUGGAUGGGCGUUUCUGCUGGUGAUGGCCGUGCAGGCCAUCCUGGUGUUGGCAUCUUCGGAUGAGCAAGAGGACAUGACUGUCGAGAACGAAGAAACGCCAGGUUUCCCAGGCGGCAAGAUGCCCACGAAGGAGGAGCUGCUCAAGGCCCUGGAUUCGAUGACCGGCUUAUCCCCCGAGGACAGGGAGUCCAUCCGCAAGGAGAUCUUGUACGGAAGGUCCAGUGCCGAGGAGACACCGGACGAAUUCGUCGAGGAAGGCGUGCCGCAAUACGCGGGCUCGGUCUUUUUCUCCCAGUUCUUCAUGCUCGUCGCCAUGCUCUCGGUUUUGGCUCUUAUCUUUGUGUUCUUCAGUUACAAACUGUACAAAAGUUUGUCAGACCGGGAAAGGAAGCGCGAAGAAAAGAAGAAAAACAAGCAGUUGAAAAAGAAAAAAUAAUUUGUAAAGAAAAUACAUUUUUCGAUUAAGUUCACGA